UUUCGAUUGGCGUUUCGGAUGUUCUCAGUCCCCACCAUUGCUAUUUUUGGCCGCUUUUUGAUAAAUAAUAAGAUUUAUGUUUGAUUUCAAUCAUUAGUGUAAUUUUGUUUUAUUAUUGAUUUGUUAAACUGAAUUGAUAUAUUUCAACAAUCGAACAUGACCUGGGGAUUUGUGACUUGUGGACCCAAUGAAGCGCUUGUUGUUUCGGGCUGCUGUUAUUCCAAGCCCCUUUUGGUACCGGGUGGUCGAGCAUUUGUCUGGCCAGCAAUUCAACGUGUACAAAGAAUAUCGCUCAACACAAUGACCUUGCAAGUAGAGUCUCCAACAGUUUAUACAAUUCAGGGUGUGCCCAUAUCUGUGACUGGCAUCGCACAGGUUAAGAUCCAGGGCCAGAAUGCAGAGAUGCUUCUAUCAGCCUGUGAGCAGUUCUUGGGUAAAACAGAGCAAGAAAUUCAACAUAUAGCCCUUGUGACUCUUGAAGGUCAUCAGCGUGCUAUUAUGGGGUCAAUGACAGUAGAAGAAAUAUACAAGGAUAGAAAAAUAUUUUCAAAAAAAGUUUUUGAAGUUGCCUCCAGUGAUCUUAUCAAUAUGGGAAUAACUGUUGUCUCCUAUACUCUUAAAGAUAUAAGAGAUGAAGAGGGAUACCUCAAGGCACUAGGCAUGGCGCGUACGGCAGAAGUGAAAAGGGACGCUCGAAUUGGAGAGGCUGAAGCUCAUGCUGAAGCCAGAAUUAAGGAGGCAAUGGCUGAGGAACAAAGAAUGGCAGCGAGAUUCCUCAACGACACCGAAAUAUCGAAAGCGCAAAGAGAUUUCGAAUUGAAAAAAGCCGCCUAUGAUGUGGAAGUACAAACCAUAAAGGCGGAAGCGGAAAUGGCCUACGAACUGCAAGCGGCGAAAACGAAGCAACGAAUUAAAGAGGAACAAAUGCAAAUAGCUGUUGUCGAACGUACCCAGGAGAUCAAUGUCCAGAAAUGGGAAGUUCAACGACGUGAGAGAGAGUUGGAGGCUACGGUUCGCAAACCAGCGGAGGCAGAAAAGUACCGUUUGGAGAAGAUAGCUGAAGCUCGCCGGCUGAAGACUGUUCUUGAAGCGGAGGCAGAAGCGGAGGCGGUCAAAGUUCGCGGAGAGGCUGAGGCGUUUGCUAUUAAAGCCAAUGCAGUCGCCGAUGCCGAACAAAUGGCGAAGAAAGCAGAUGCGUGGGAUGAAUAUGGAUCUGCUGCAAUGAUUGAUAUGUUGCUGGACACUUUGCCAAGGGUUGCUGCUGAAGUCGCUGCUCCAUUAUCUCGAGCCCGUAAAGUUACAAUGGUCUCCUGCGGCGACGGUGAAGUUGGUGCUGCUAAAUUAACAGGCGAAGUACUGAGUAUUGUCCAAAGCAUCCCGGACCUUGUCAAGGGCGUCACAGGCGUUGAUAUCUCCAAGAUAAAGGGUAUGACGGAGCCAACGCCGGUCCCCACGCCAACGGCUCGAGGUGACUCGACGCGGAAAGCGCGAUAACUUGAAUUGGUCACAAUUAGAUAAUGGUCGUCGAGGAUCUCGGCACCGUUUAAACAAUUAGUGGUAAAGAGUGUACUAGCUUGAAUGAAAUGUAUUGCAAUAUUCUAUACUUAACUUCCAACGAUUCAAGUGCUACUUCUACUCUGUACAAACAAAUCUAUUUUAAAGCUAGAUUUGAUUAUUGUGUCGAUGUUUUAUGAAUUAUCUAAGUUAUGUAUGACUAUGAGUACAAAAGGGCCAGCAAUGAGAACUCGGUGGGUGGAUCGAACGAAUUGUUUACGCGUGAAAAAAUUACGACCAAUCGCCUAAUGUUCUCAGUAGUUUACAAAUGACUGUUAUACUAAUGAAAAUACCUAUAUUUUUUUAUUUAGCUGUCGUUAGGAUAUUUAAGACUAUUUGGUGUUCAAAUGAGGCAAUGUAGAAAUUCUUAUGGUAACUUAGCGUGUUUGUAGAUGUUAUUUUUUAAAUUUUUCUAACGAGAUUGAUAUUGUAUACUAAAUUCAUUAAGUAAUAGCUGUACAAAUACGAGUAUUAGCAUAAGCGCUGGUUCAUACUCGAACCUAGACCUUACUAAGUGAGGAUAAGUCAUAGUCGAAUCGAUGCCACAACCCAAAGCUUUGUAUUCCGUCUGAAUGAUGAAAGAUGCCCCUGCCCUUACAUUUUGUAACAGAUAAUGUUUUUUUAUGAGUUAUGACCAGAAUCAUAUUUGUUAACAAGACUGUCGUGGACAAAGAUAAAAUGUAGUCGUCUUGGUUAUAAUGCUAAGUUACAAUAGUAAGUAAUCAAAGUGAGCUAUUACUAUAAGAUUAUAUAAUUGCUAAAUAGUAUAAAAUGAACUGACACAUGUGCUAGAAGCCCGAAUAAUUGAAUGUUGUGGAGUAAAAUAAUACUAUGUGAACUAGCGCUAAAUUAUUUUUCAAUAGUCAAGUUUUAGAUCCCGGUGAGGUUUAAAAAUCAUCUGAUAAGGCAAUAAUAAUAAUAAAAUCUAUGUAUGAACUUUAGAAUAUUAAAAAUUUACAAAUAUCUAAUAAUUUGAGUCUCGCCGGGACUAACGUGUCAAUAUCAUUUGUAUCGCACAAUAAAUUUUAUUUACAUAAUAAUAUUGACACAGCAUUUCCCGAGUUUCAUAGCUACGUAAGUUAGGUCUUAAUUGUCGACUAUUACAACUAUUGAUCUGAAAUUCAACAUUUGGAAGCGACAAAGUAUUAAAUUUUAAGCAAUGAAAAAUAUCUAUUUUAAAUAGAUUUCGGCAGCUAGUCAUAAUUUGUCGAUCAUGUGACUUGUGAGUUUUUGUCGUGUGUUUUCUUCAUUCUCCAAACUGACUAAGAAUGCCCUUUUUAUUUAUAUCAUACAUGAUAAAUUUAUAUUUUUUGUUACUGUAUUGCUUCUAAAUUUCUUUGAAUAUAUUUUUUUAUAUUUACUAAAACAUUUAGUAAACGAAUUCUUAAUUUUUGUGUUACUAAAAUUGUUGUCCGGUGCCAUAAUGUAUAUCUAAUUUAUUUGUUUUUAUUAUUUAAGCAGAGUUCAUAGCUUUAAAUUGCAGUAUGAAUAUAUUAAUAAAACAGGUUUAAAAGAGCUGUUAUAUUUUAGUGAAUCUCAGUUGGAAAAUUAUCUUCACACUUCCGCCUCAAGUGUUUUAUUUGGGAAUUAUUUAAAAAAGAUUUUAGAUUGUUUUCUUAUUUUCGACACACCUGUUAGCAUUAAUAUUUUCUACUAAGAGCGUGGUUACCACCGAUUGUAUUUAUUUUAUUUAUACAAAGAAUGUAUGAGUUAUUAAAUUCCAUUGAAUUGGUGGCUCUAACAGCCAACUUAUUUGAGGAAAAUAAUGACUUCAUAUUAAAUUCCUCAUUCCGAAUAAUAUGGAAUAUCGCACUGAGUGGCACAAAACUGUGUGUGUUUUCACAUUUUUAUGCAUGUGUAUUGACGUGAUUUCUAUUCGUAUUAUAUUCAGAAACUAAA